CUUCAGUCAGUUUAGAAUCCAACAGUCUGAUCAACAACAACAGAAGGAAAUGUGGGUCCAUUUUCUGCUGCUGUCGAUCGUCUUCAGCGGCUGCCGCUCAUCUGACGAUCCUCCCCCUCCAUUGAUUCAUCUGAACUCUGACCUCCAGCCCAACCAGUCUGAGGUGGUUUUAACCUCUGGGACCUCCUUCAUACUCCGUUGCCAUGGUAAUGGAACUGUACAGUGGUCGAAGUUCAGUUUGGCUAAUGCAUCUGGACUCCCUGACCCCCUGGUGGUCGAGAAUGCGGAUCCCAAAACCACUGGUACAUAUCUCUGUGGAUACACUGACCAGAACCUGAGACACCUGGACACUUGGAUCCACCUUUAUGUGAAAUACCCAACUGACUCCACCAAUGUGUUUAUCACACCGCGCAAAAGCUUGCAGACUGUCAAGGAGGGUGAGGACUUCCGGUUCAAAUGUCUGCUGACCGACCCAUCCGUCAAAAAUGUCACCCUCCGAUCAUUAAACAGGGGGCAGGGCCUUCCCCAUGGCAUGAACGUGACCUUUGACCCAAAGAGGGGAGCCCUGAUUCGAGAUGUGCAGAUGUCAUACAAAGGUUUCUACAUGUGUUCAGGAAAAAGAGAUGGAAAAGAGGUCAAUUCGGCUCCGCUGGAACUCCAAGUGAACCACAGGCUGCGUUCUCUUCCAUUACUCAAUGUCAGUCAGGAUAAAGUUAUCCUUCUGGUCGGUGAGAAGUUUGAGGUCACAUGUUCAGUCAGCAACCCCUCUAACUUCUACACCCUCACCUGGACACACCCACACAGACAGGUGUUGGACAUCCUCCGCUUCGACAGCUACGAUGGACUGUACAGACAGACUCAAACGUUGACGGUGUCUGAGGUCAAUCUGACGGACAGUGGGAUGUACACCUGUACUGCCGUCAAUGAAGCUGGAGUCGCCACGGCAACCACACACCUCACAGUAAUUGAUCGUCCCUACUUGAAGAUCUACCUCCAUGUGCCACAACAUGCUAAUGCUAGCAGCAGUGUGGUGGAAGCGAACGGACACCUGGUGUCUAAUGUUAGCACCAAUAAAACAGUGGAUGGCACUGUUAACCGUGUUCACAUUAAUGGCAGCAGUAGGCUGGAGGUGUCUGAUGGCAGAGACGUGAUGCUGAGCUUUCUACUGGAGGCAUAUCCACCAAUCACAGAGCACCACUGGAUGACCCCAAAACAUGUCACCAGUGACAAUGACACUGUGUAUGAAGAGAGCUACAUAUCUGAUGGCUACAGGUUGGAGGCCAGGCUGCUGCUGAGGCGCGUUCGUCAGGAGGACAGAGGGCAAUAUUCCUUUCACUUCUCUAACUCAUUCUUCAGCGGCUCCCAAACAGUUAACCUCAAAAUACACUAUCGUCCAAGUGCUAAGAUCACUUUGGAGAACAACACACUGACCUGCCAAAGCUUUGGAUAUCCAUUACCCACAAUCCAAUGGUUCACCUGCCCCGGACAACAGGACAGAUGUGGGACUGACUCGACCAAUCAGCUGUCUGUGACUGAUGAGGCUGAUGAAGAUGAGGAGGAGCUGGAGGAAGAGUCAGAGGAGUUCAUGCAGGAGGAGGAGGAGGAUGAGGAAGAGAAUGUGGAAUACCUGCGUCUGCCACUGUCAGAUGAUGAUGAUGUGACUGUGACUGUGACGUGCGUCGCCGCCAAUCACAUGGGAGAGUCAUUUCACGUCGCUCAUAUUCAACAGCCUCUUUCAGCCACCUCAACCCUCUUUACACCUCUUCUGAUUGGAGCUCUGAGUUCUGCUGCGGUCCUCCUCCUGCUCUUAUCGGUGGCUCUGUACAAGUGGAAACAGAAACCCAAAUAUGAGAUUCGCUGGAAGAUCAUUGAAAGCACAGAUGGAAACCACUACACCUUUGUUGAUCCAACUCAGCUGCCGUACAACCAGAAGUGGGAGUUUCCCAGAGACAAACUUCGUCUUGGUGCUGUUUUGGGUUCGGGGGCGUUUGGGAAGGUUGUUGAGGCAACAGCAUACGGUCUGGGAACCGACAACAACGUGACUCGAGUCGCUGUCAAGAUGUUAAAACCAAGUGCUCACUCGGAGGAACGUGAGGCUCUCAUGUCGGAGCUUAAGAUUCUCAGCCAUCUUGGUUACCAUGACAACAUCGUGAAUCUGCUGGGUGCAUGCACUCGAGGAGGGCCCAUGUUGAUGAUCACGGAGUACUGUUGCCAUGGCGAUCUGCUCAACUUUUUGCGAUCUGAAGCUCAUGAUUUCGUGGCAUCGAUUCUGAAUGUGGGCGAAGUAACAGAGGAGGUUUUCUACAAGAACAUGACAAGUCUGAAUGCACGACUCCGGAGUGACAGUGGGAUCUCGUGUAGUUCAGACUAUCAGGAGAUGCAACCGGUUCUGAGUCCAGGGCAAACACAGUCAGGUGUUCUGACACACAGUCUGUCAGUUGAAGAUCUCAUGAGGUUUUCUUAUCAGGUGGCUCAGGGUCUGGAUUUCCUGUCCACCAGGAAUUGUAUCCACAGAGAUGUAGCAGCAAGGAAUGUCCUGCUGACCGACCGUCGCAUUGCAAAGAUCUGUGACUUUGGUUUGGCCAGAGACAUUCGCAAUGACGACAGCUACAUUGUCCAAGGAAAUGCCCGUCUUCCUGUUAAAUGGAUGGCUCCUGAGAGUAUUUUUGAGUGUGUCUACACUGUCCAGAGUGACGUCUGGUCUUAUGGGGUCCUGCUCUGGGAGAUCUUCUCUCUCGGUAAAAGUCCAUAUCCAAACAUUGCUGUGGAUACCAACUUCUACAAGAUGAUUAAAGACGGCCGCCACAUGGAUCAACCUGACUUCGCUCCAGCAGAGAUGUAUAAACUUAUGACUCUCUGCUGGAAUCUGGAGGCCACACAAAGACCCACCUUCAAAACAAUUGGGCAGCUCAUCAGGAGGCUCGUCCCAUCCAUCAGUGACAAGACGCCACAUCGCAAAGAUCAGUCAAUGUACAGAAACAUCAAUGAGUGUCAUGAAGAAGAAGAGGACGAGGAGAUGAGAGGGGGAGAUAAACUAAAACGAGAAGAUGAGGAACAUGGCCAACGAGACCACCGUCCUGAUGCAGAAGAGAUGGAGCCAAUGAUCCAUAACAUCUACCAGUUGUCUUGAGUUCAUGUUGACAUGAUUGAACCAACAUUCAGACUAAACUGGAACCCAUGAAUAUUUAAUUUUUCAGGCCUGAUGAAAGAUGGCCGGGUUGAUCCUAGAGCUUUGACAAUGUUAGUUGUCACUAUCCUCACCAUGUGUCCAAUCUGUAUCAAAAACCUGAUUUGUUCUACAAAUGUCAAAAUACUACUUCCUGUCACCCAUAUUUCUGAUGUAAUGUAUGGUAAAUGUUAUUACAUUCAUGUUAUCUUUAGUUUUACUACCAAAGAAAUAGACAUUCACGUUAUUUCUUAUUAAAUAACUACAUGUCUUUCUUUGGUAGAUCUUUGGUAGCUCUACUAAAUGAUGCAAAUUCCAAAAAAUGCCAGCUACAUUUUUGAUAUUCAGUUAAUAAACUGAAUCUCUACACAUGAAUAUUUUCUUAAAUGCAAGAAAUCAUUUAGAUUUUUAAGACAAUGUACUUCCUUUGUUAUGUUCAAAAAUGCAUUAUAUGCAUCUAUAUUUGAGAGUUAUGACUGUAACUGAAAAAUUUAUAUAUACUAUAUAUUUUCCUUUCUACAUACCACCAUGUAGUGUGUAGCUUAAACUGUAAAGUAGGCGGGCAUUAAUAAGGUUGGCUUCUGCCUGAGCCUUUUUCAGUCAAAUUGCAUUAUUUGUCUCUUCUGUUGUUUUGAAAUGCAUAUAUGACUGGAACUAAACUAAACUAAACAAUGCUUUUUGGUAAAAUAUCCCCUCAGCAUGACUGAACUGGCAAACUGCUGCUAGCAUGCUAAUGUUAGCUUUUGUCAGCUCUUCUGCUAAUGUUACACAUAAUGUUGGCUUGAAUGUUUUAAAAACCUUUUAAGACUUAAUUCUAUAAAAGUAAACCCAACAUAACAUUUACACCAAAUUUAUUUACAUCCCAUAAUUAACCAUAAAUUAUUUAUACCUGUGACAGAAUGUAGGCCUAAUAUUUUCAUGCAGGUGUAGAGCAGAUGGAGUUUAUGGUACAGAUUUGGCACCAAUAUUGGUCAAUGCAACUGAAUUUGGUUUCCUUUUGGGUGUGGUAAACAACUGGUUUUGUUUGCAACCACUAUUUCUUCUACUCUGUUUAUUAUAGGUGUCUGUAAUCAGUGUUGGGGAAGUUACUUUUAAAAAGUAACUUUUGCUCAUUACUUCUAUAUAAAGUAAUCCAUUACUUUUCUUAGUUUCCCUCGAUGGAAACUAACUUUUUACGUUAGUUUUACGUUACUUUCAUGUUGCUGGACUUUAGGCAGAACCACAUAUCUGUCCCUAAAUGUGUAGGGCUGCAUAAAGUUCUACUAUGGAGGUCAUAACAGGUAUUUCUUUUGUGCUCUUUAUUAUAAAAAAAUGCCAAAACACAGCACUAGACUACUAUAGGUUCCAACACCACCACUAAGCCCUAUCAAACAAUAUGAAAUAACAUAGCCUUGAUAUAUCUAAUGGGCAUAUAGGUGAACACAAAAUACGUAAGAGCGUGUCCAACUCUUGUUUAGUUACCUGGUGAAACGAAGUGAAAUGAGAGCUUGUGACUAUUGUGCAGGCACAGCUGUUUCACUACUGGAUGUGUACACAGAAAUGAAUGCCUUUGCACAUGCCCGACAGUUUGGUGCAGGCGCAUAAAUCUUAGGGGGUAAAAAAAUAUGAGGGUAAAAAUUGUAUAUGACACUUGUCAAAUCUGUCCCUCAGAAAAAUAGCCUUGUGUGGAAUUGAAAAAGUAACUAUGUUUUGUAGUAACGCGUUAUACUACUUUUUACUUGAAAAAGUACUUACGUUACUGUAACACAUUACUUUGUAACUUGUUACACACAACACUGUCUGUAAUGUAGCUUAUAGUGCCACCUUCUGACCACACUACACACACUACUUUAAUCAUUCCCAACCAGCUGAUGGAAACAUUUUUACCACUUUUUUUUUUUUUUUAAGAUAUUUCAAGCAUUUUCUUCCAGUUUGUUUGACAUUUUAGGGUAAAUGCAUCCAGUGUCAUUAACUAAUGAAAUGAAUGUUUUUUUUAUUGUAAAAUAAGGUCUAAAUGUCUUCCUUUUCUGCUGUUUUACAGUUUUGCAUCUUGAGAACCUAUGGUACACAAAAAAUGUAAAGGAUUUUGCAUAAAUUUCUGAUGAAAAGACAUUGUUAAAAUGAUCUGAUCCACUCAUCUUCGGAGCCAAGUUCCUCCAUCAUGCUUUAUCAUAGGAAUAUCAUUAUGACAGCACCUAUAAAGUGAAAUAUAAUUUGUAGGUGAAAAUAUCACAUCAAACCAGUUCUAGCAAUGAUGUUGUUAAAUGGAUGAACUGAACAUUGAGUCUCAUCUGUAGCUUCUGUGUCUUAUACAGUGUCUUCUGUUCUCAUAUGUGUAGGUGCUCCAGAUGUUGUUCUCUCCUUUAUUAUGUUUUUCAGUUUUAUGCAAAACAGUAUGGCUAAAAAACAACAAAUCCAUCAUUCCACUCAAAUGAUAGAGGAUGUUGUUAUUUGCUCUAAGAAAAAAAUGGGAAAAACUGACUUUGUUCUGGACACAUAAAAUGGUGUAUCUGUGCAUUGUAAUAUUUGUGUUCAGUAUAAAAGUACUAAUGACAAAUGAGUAAAAAAAAAAAAAGAUGUGCAGAUUAAUCAAAAAUAAUGAUACUUGAGUAGGGUCGGACAGUUAAAUAUUAAAAACAUUUGUUUUACAUCUGCUGUUAUCUGGAGACCGUUUACAACCAAUACACCACAAAUGAAUAAAGUGAUGGGAAUCACCAUAGCAACCAUAUAUGCCAAAGACAAUACUGUCUGCUGUUAAACCUGUCUUUUAAGCUGUAAUAAUUGUCAGAUAUUUUGUUUCAUUCAUGAGGUGCUAUGGUAUAGAAAUGAAUGUACACAUUUACUGUUUUUGCUGUGAUUUGUCUCGUUAACAUGUACAUCCUGUAUACACUGAGAUAUUCUGAUUUAUAAAAGUAUUUGUGUUCUACUUUCAUCUCACCUACAGAUCUGCAUCACUGAUAAAAGUACAUGGUAUGGUUGUAUUCUGAAGUCUUAUCAUAUUAUAAAACAUGCCACUUCAAUCUGUUUCCUUCUACUAGGAAUCAUCUACAUGACCUGAUUCUACCAGCGCCGAUCUCAUUAUAUCAAUUUAGACACAUCUGAGUGGUACUAGUACUGAUGAUGAGUGAGAGUACAUGAUUUCUUAAAUAUUUUAACAAUUUUGUUAAUUUUUUUUUAUAUUAAUUGCACUGA